AUGUCCCUGGAUCAGUCUGUUAAAACCUUCCGGAUUUUCGAGGUCCUACGAAGCGGCGACACAACGGCGAUUUCUAAGGCCAUCAAGGAAAGCGAAGAUCCACAAGGUGCGAUUGGGCUAUCUGGCACCACGAUCCUCCAUCUGGCGAUUCAGUGUGCGGAACCACAGGUUGUUGAGUACGUGCUGUCAGCUGGCAACGAUAUUGAUAUCAAUGCGCGGGAUCGAGAAGGCAAUACACCUCUUCAUCUUGCUGCACAACUUGGUCGCGGCCCCAUCAUACGCGAGCUAUUGGGCAGACCUUCAAUCAACGACUCGAUCGUCAACUACCGUGGACAAACGGCUCUCGAAGCCUCGCGCGCACCCGAGAUCUUCCAGCAGCUGCAGCUUGCUCGCUCGCUUUUCAUUGACGAAAAGACACAAGAGAUCCAAUCGUUAAUUGCUCAAGGCGGUUAUGACAGGUUAGAGAAGCUGUUGGAGGAGCCGCGUGUCGAAGGGAUUUUAGAUGUUAAUGCUCUGGAUCUUGUCACGGACCCUGCUACGCUUCAGUCGGGCGGUACCCUCCUCCAUGAAGGCUCUAGAAAAAGAGACACAAAGCUUAUCCAAAUCCUUUUGAUGCACGGGGCUGAUCCCUUUCGUCGCGACAAGAAGGGAAAGCUGCCCCAAGAUGUGACGAAAGAUGACAGGACGCGGGCGAUACUUAAGAAGUCCCCGGCCGCUGCUAUAGCUCAGCGGGGCAUUCAAGAAAAGGCCAUUCUCGGUACUAGCUCGGGUCAGGGUGUGUCGGGACGACCGGGGGCUGGGGAGGCCUCCUUUGCGGGGAAAGAUUCUCGGGAAAUGAAGGGCUACUUGAAGAAGUGGACAAACUAUACCAGCGGCUAUAAACUAAGAUGGUUUGUUCUUGAGGAUGGUGUUUUAAGUUAUUAUAAACACCAGGACGAUGCGGGCUCCGCCUGCCGUGGUGCUAUCAACAUGAAAAUUGCAAGACUCAACAUGGAUUCUCAGGACAAGACCCGGUUUGAAAUUCAUGGAAAGUCGUCCGUUAAGUACCAUCUCAAAGCAAACCACGUUGUAGAGGCUAAACGUUGGUUUUGGACACUUAAUAAUGCGAUCCAAUAUUCAAAGGAUGAGGCCAAGGAGGAAGAAAAGCGCCAAACAAAACACGCUGAAAUACUGCGUCAGGCAAAGAUUGACCAAAUUGACGGCCGACCUAGUGAGAAUCUCUCCGAAUCUCCAAGCUUUAAAUCUGGUGGAAAGGGGUUAGCGCCAAUGUCUCUCGGUGUUCCAAGUAGCAGUGGCACGAGACUCAGCACAUACACGUCUCGCACUACUCUAGAAGGGGUAGCCGCUGAUGACGAUGGUUCAUUGUAUGGCUCCAUAGACCAAGGGCCCAGUCAAAGUGAUAUCAAUAGGGUGGCCAGUCAUGUUACCACCGCCCCUGACUUAGAAGGUGAUGAUGACGAAUAUGUCGACUAUGCCUCUAGCCGUGAGACGCCACCUACUGAUAAGGAUGCCAUGAAUAUCACCGCACAAUCUGCAAAGCUCCAACUUGAGAUACUCGCCAAUGUUGCAUCAUCACUACAAGCGGAGAAAGCAAGUAAUCCGGCGGUUACGCUUUCAGAUGAUGCGGUUGAUCAAGCCCUGGCCGCAUACGAGGGGGCUGUGAGUAGUUUGAAGGACUUGGUGCAAAAUUUACUGAAAAUUUCUCGGGAUCGCGACUCAUACUGGCAAUAUCGACUGAACCGAGAGGCCUAUCUACGCAAAAUGUGGGAAGAAAGCAUGGCACGAAUUGCUCAAGAGCACGAUGAAUUACAAUCUAAAAUGGGCGAGUCAGAGGAAAAGAGGCGGCGUACGAAACGAGCGCUUAAGGAGGCGCUGGAGAGCACCUCACCAAGUAUCAGUCGAUCCGCCGUUAAAGCCGCGUCUGGCGAAGUGGGACUCGACGGUGAAGAAGAACCGACGACACAAGCUAUGGAAAUCGUGGAGAAUCCCUCGUACCCCGAAGAUCAAGGACGCGAGCGGCCACUGUUGCAUCACAAAAAGUCCGCCUUAUCAAAAAUUAGCAGUUUAUAUGGCUCGGACGAUGACGAUGACGAAGAAGAUGAAUUUUUCGAUGCGAUCGACUCCGGCGAGAUCGAGGUCGUGGAUCGUACAGCUCCUGAGAUAAAUGAGGAGGAAGAGGCGGCGCCUGAGGAGACGAGUAAGCUCCGUGCUGCUAGACGCUCUGAGAUUUCACCGUCGUUCAAAGGAUAUGAAGAUCCUGUUAGGGAGAGGCUUAAAAUGGACUAUGACAAUCGACCUAAAAUCUCACUAUGGGGGAUUUUGAAAUCUAUGAUUGGAAAAGACAUGACAAAGAUGACUCUUCCAGUCUCUUUCAACGAACCAACCUCGUUACUUCAACGUGUGGCAGAAGACCUAGAAUACACCGAUCUUCUUGACGUUGCUGCCGACCAGACUGAUUCAAUGGAGCGACUGGUGUAUGUCGCUGCCUAUGCCGCAAGUGAAUACGCUUCCACCAUCGGACGUGUUGCCAAACCCUUCAAUCCUCUCCUAGGCGAAACCUUCGAAUAUGUCAGACCGGACAAGGGCUAUCGGUUUUUCGUUGAGCAGGUCAGCCACCAUCCGCCAAUUGGGGUUGCUCUAGCCGAAUCACCAAAAUGGGAUUACUGGGGGGAAUCGUCUCUUAAAUCUAAAUUCUAUGGGAAAUCCUUCGACAUCAAUCUCCUUGGAACGUGGUUCUUGAAGCUACGGCCUGCGUCAGGGGGCGAGGAACUAUACACGUGGAAGAAGGUCACGUCAUCAGUUAUCGGCAUCAUCACUGGUAAUCCCACUGUUGACAAUUAUGGUUUGAUGGAGAUCAAGAAUUGGACUACCGGCGAGGUGUGCUAUCUAGACUUCAAGCCUAGGGGCUGGAAGGCGUCAUCUGCGUACCAGGUGUCAGGCAAAGUUGUCGGUCAGGAUGGCUCGCCUAAGUGGAGUAUUGGCGGUCGAUGGAACGACAAAAUCUACGCUCGUCACACACCAGGAUUCGAAGCACCAGUAUCUGGUCAGGAUCCGGAGUCAGCCAAGACAAUUCUAGUCUGGCAAGCUCAUUCCCGACCAACUGGCAUUCCAUUCAAUCUGACACCAUUCGUCAUCACGCUUAAUUCGCUCACUGACAGCCUACGACCACAGCUCCCGCCCACUGAUACCCGUCUCCGGCCUGAUCAACGGGCGAUGGAGGAGGGCGAAUACGAUUUCGCCGCUACCGAAAAGCAUCGGGUUGAGGAGAAGCAGCGUGCCAAAAGAAGAGAGAGAGAAACCAAUGGAGAACAUUAUACCCCCAGGUGGUUUAGUAAAGAUAAGUGUCCGAUUACAGGAGAGGAAUACUGGAAGCACACAGGUGAUUAUUGGGGUUGUAGGGCGAAUCAAGAUUGGCCACCUCACUCAACCAACACAAUGUCCGGCGAGUUUACCUGCGGACGCUGUUUGCAGGCUCUCCGUCGAUCUAUUGCAUCCUCUAGGUCUUCCCUACGAUCAACCCAUACUCUCAAUUCUCGACGUGGUUAUGGCUCGUCAGUUAACUUGACCCGAGAACUUGGAUCUCGAGGCAAUAAUUAUCUUUCACCCAAAGAUUCGUUGCUUUUAAACAAACAUGUCUCGUCGUUAAACUUACCUCUUCCGCCAGUCGUACAAAAAGCAACAUCCGCAACCUCAAACUCCGCCCCAGAUCCCCGAGCGCUCUUGAAACCAAAUAAUCUAUUUCACAAUUUCUCCCAAUCCCCGUCACCUGCGAUCCGACAGCGUGCGGCUUUUAUCAAACAAAACGCAUUCUGUCCCCAUCCAAGCCACCAACAGACACGAGUGCCGGUUUCACCGCAUGACCCAGAAUCGCGCAAAAGCUCCUCCAAUGCUACUCUUCCCCCAGCCCAUUCGCACUUUGAGUGCCCGGAUUGUGGCAUCCCAAUCUACUGCUCUGAAGGGCAUUGGAUGGAUGAUUUUGAAGCCCACUUGGAAGUUUGCGAGACUCUUAAGCAAAUCAAUGAAGACGACCAUGACCUACGCUCCGGGCGGUUUUUCCCGGAAUUCGCGUAUCCUGGCCUACAGGAUGAGAACUUUGUUAUUAAUAUGACAAACUGGGAUACUUUUCUUUAUACCAGGGAGUUUGAUGCAAUCAACGAUGAUCGAAGCAUGCGGCAAGUGACGCGCAUGCUGACCUACCCACUUACGAUAGGUAGCGUGUUGCAUGAAUUAAGUCCGUAUAGUAUUAGGAAGGGUAGCAGGCUUACGGCUGAAGGUCUCAAGAGUGUUAGCGCCCUCCGUUACUCUUUACACCCGCCCAAGACUGGUGAAGGUGUCGAUAUUCAAGGUCUACGUGUGAAGGCACCUCCAGUACGGGUCUUUAUUUUAGGUGCACGUGCUGAGUCUUCCCUACCUCGUGAUGUGUGGCUCCAACUUAGCCACAUCUUCCCACGGUCUCUCAUUAAUCUCAUCUUCAUCGGCCCCGAAAGCAUGGCAAAUCGCGACGAGGAAUUCCCUCUUCCAGAGAGGACGCCGGAGAACCCGUUCGGGGGAGUUGUUGAGGACAGAUUAGGCGGUCAGAUGAAAAUCACAACUUAUGUGGAUUACUUCCACACAAUGUAUAAAGCACAAUACUUCCAGCCGUUCGAUCCGUACCUCGACUGUGUUGUACUUUUCCAUCCCGGUCUUGGACACCCUGCCAGCUCCCAUGAGUGGGAAGAGACGCUGCCGCUGCUCCUUGAGACCAAGAUUCCCAUCAUCACUACGGGCUACACGCAGUGGGAUAUGGAAAGGGACAUCAACUGGGUGCGCGACAAGUGUGCAGGAGAGUUUGACAUACUGCUCGAGCCUGGUGAGAAUAUUUUCCGCAGCUUAAGGUGGGAUCUUAAUGACCUUGAUCCGCAUGAUGUCUCUUGCGGUAAUUGGGGCCUAUGGGCAUUCAGGGGGAAGAGAUAUGAGGCAACAUUCAAGGACUCUUGA